AUGGCCAGCGCAGACGAGCUCAAAGCUCUGGGCAACAAGGCCAUUGCCGAGAAGAACUUUGACGAUGCCAUUGACAAGUUUACCCAGGCCAUCGCCAUCCAGCCCGAAAAUCACAUCCUCUACUCGAACCGAUCUGCUGCCCACGCUUCCAAGAAGGAGUGGGACUCUGCUCUCAAGGAUGCGGAGAAGACGACUGAGCUCAAGCCUGACUGGGCCAAAGGCUGGGGGCGCAAGGGUGCUGCUCUUCACGGCAAGGGAGAUUUGCUUGGUGCCAACGAUGCUUACGAAGAAGGUCUGAAGCACGAUGCCAGCAAUGCCCAGCUGAAGAGCGGUCUGGCGUCCGUUGAGAAGGCCAUGCAGCAGGAGGCUGGUGGUGCUGGUGGUGACGACCCGGGUGCUGGACUCGCGCGCAUGUUCAACGACCCCCAGCUUCUGCAAAAACUGGCCUCCAACCCCAAGACCAGCAGCUACAUGUCCGAUCCCUCCUUCAUGGCCAAGCUGCAGCAACUACAGAAGAACCCGCAGAUGACCCCCGACAUGUUCAGCGACCCCAGAAUGAUUCAAGUUCUUGGUGUUAUGAUGGGCGUCGAUAUGGAAAUGAGAGACAGCGACCCCCGUGAACAGGGUGACGUCAACAUGUCCGAUGCUCCCGCCCAGGAAAGCAAGCCGACGCCCGCCCAGAAGGCCCCAGAGCCCGAGCCCGAAGCGGAACCAUUGGACGAGGAGGCUGUCGAGAAGAAAAAGGCCAAGGAGGAGGCUGACAAGGAAAAGGCCCUGGGCACGGAGAACUACAAGAAGCGCAACUUUGACGAGGCCAUCAAGCACUACACCAAGGCCUGGGAGACGUUCAAGGACAUUACAUACCUCAACAACCUCGGAGCCGCCCAAUUCGAGAAGGGCGACUACGAUGCCUGUAUUGAUGCGUGCAAUAAGGCUGUUGAAGAGGGCCGCGAGAUUUAUGCCGAUUUCAAGCUGAUGGCCAAGAGCUAUGCUCGUAUGGGAACUGCGUACGAGCGCAAGGGUGACCUAGAAAAGGCUAUUGAGAACUACAACAGGUCGCUCACCGAGCACCGCACACCCGACGUUCUCAACAAACUCCGAGCGACCGAGAAGUCCAAGAACGAAGCCGCCAAGGCUGCCUACAUCGACCCCGCCAAGGCUGACGAGGCUCGCGAGGCUGGCAACAAGAAGUUCAAAGAGAGCGAUUUCCCUGGUGCUGUUGCCGACUACACAGAAAUGGUCAAGCGUGCCCCUGAUGAUCCCCGUGGCUACAGCAACCGUGCCGCCGCCUUCAUCAAGCUGUUCGAGUUCCCUAGUGCUCUGGAUGACUGCGACAUGGCGAUCAAGAAGGAUGUGGCCUUUAUCCGGGCCUACAUCCGCAAGGCACAGGCCUACUUCGGCAUGCGCAAGUACUCUGACUGCGUUGAUGCUUGCACGGAAGCUCUCGCCGUUGAUGCUGAGCACCACAAGGGGGCCAAUGCUCGCGAAAUCGACCAGCAGCAGCAGAAGGCUUUUGCCGCCAUGUACUCGGCGCGCGACAACGAGACGGAGGAGCAGACUCGCGAGAGACUGCAGAAGGACCCCGAGGUCAUGAGCCUCAUGCAAGAUCCCGUGAUGCAGUCGAUUCUGCAACAGGCCCAGUCCGACCCGCAGGCUCUGCAGGAGCACAUGCGCAACCCAAGUGUGCGCACCAAGAUUCAGAAGCUGAUUGCUGCUGGUGUAAUUCGCGUUGGAAGGUAA